AUGGCGAGUCGAAAAGUUGCCUUACCCUGCACUUCUGUAUUUCCUGUCACACCUUCUCCGAACAAUAACCGAAAAGGGCAUCAUGCCAGUGCAAAAAACGAUGAAGAGAGCAGAGUCAAAAUGACACAAUAUGGGCCAUUGAAAGUAUCUACACACAAAUUAUCCUCGAAAAGUGUUAUAGUUCCAGAAGAAUUUACAGUCAAGGGAGCAACUCCUUCUGGUAAGCCUCGUCUAUAUGUUUGCAGUGUAUGUACAAGAGCUUUUGCAAGGCAAGAGCAUUUAAAAAGACACCAGAGAUCUCACACAAAGGAAAAGCCUUUUGCCUGUCGUAUUUGCUCAAGAAAAUUUAGCAGAAGGGACUUGUUGAUGAGGCACUCCUCUAAACUUCAUGCAGGAGCUAGUAAUUUAGUCCCUCGCUUGCGUAAAAAAUCUAAUAAAUUCAGAAAGCUUUCGGGUGGACGAAGGAUUGGAUUAUCAAGUGAGAUACAAAAUGCCACAAGGAAGAAUUAUAAUAAAGUAUUCCCCAGCAAUGAAAAUUCAUUUACAGCAUCCAAAAAUGGUGAAAUCGGAAAUGCUUCCAUUACAAGUGACGUCGGUAACGUUCAAAAGUCCGGACGCCAGAACGAGAAUAAGUUUGAUAUGGAUGCACUGGCCAAAGAGUUUAGCUCAAUAAUGUACCCAUCACUUACGUUUAGGUCACUUCUGAUGAGAGAAUCUGCCUAUACUGACUCAAACAAGAUACAGGAAAACAAUGUUAAUAAUAAUCUGUCCGCAAAUAUGGAAUAUAAGGAAACUACGGAUAGUUUGAACCCAACUGUCAAUAAUCCUCUGCUUUUUCCAACAAACAAUGAGUCGUAUGUGCGCCAGAGAGGUGUAUCGUUUUCCGCUAUGGGAGGGGAAAGUUAUGUUAAUGCCGAUCAAGAACCAAUGGAUUCCGUCGAGUUUUCGACACCCCAACUCUAUCCCGAAGACAUGGAUAAAUUAAGUCUUGAUGAUGAAAUAUUGAGUACCUCAAAAGUCGAAAAUGGUGUGCAAAUAAAUUCGGACAAUCAAAAGAUUAUAUCAGAGGGAUAUUCUUUCUAUGAUGUUCCCAGCAAUAAGGGGACGCUUUUCACGCAUGUAGGAGAGGCAUAUUCACCAGGCUCUGGUAGGCAAUCCAGAUUGAAGUCGUUGACCUCAACAGUUUUGGAGUCAGUUGAAGAAACUGAUCGGGAUACAAGUGAAAAAGAUGUAAAAAAUAGUAUUUCGCCUUCCCUUGAUACUAGUGUUGAAAAGGUGAAAAGUUGGCAAAAAACCUUAUUUAACCAGGACAUAAAUUUUCUUGAAACAAUUGCUGACUUAAACAUUGCUAAGCCCUUUGAUAUUCCCCAGGGUUAUUCGUUCUAUGGAGAUGACCAGCAAAAUUUGAGAGAUUCAUCCCUUUCGUCAAACAAUACCACUAUCUCACCACCUUUGCUUCAAAAUGCGGUGAAUAAUUCGAACCUGCUAGAUACAUUGCCAGGGGAAGUACGGAGUUCCAAGUUAAGCAUGGAGAACCUUGCUCUCAACAAUUUUGCGAGUAAGGGUUACUCCAGAGCUUAUCUUUUUGGUAAUACCAUAAGGUCAUGUGUUUUUGAUACAUUAUCAAAGUAUCCUUUUUUUGGAGUUCCAUGCCCGACAAUUCCAAAAAAUGAUAAAUUAAACAUGCUCGUGCAGCAAUUUACGUCAAGAUUCUUAAUUCAUUACCCCUUUAUUCAUCCAAGUAUUCUUAAUGAGUACUCUUUAAUGACAACGACAAUGGACAUGGUUGAUCCAACCGUGAUCAAGGACGACCUGUUUGUACUAAAUUUUAAGUCAUCGCUUGUCUGUUUACCAUUGUUGGUUGCAGCCAUUGGUGCAACAGUUUCAAAUGACAAUAAAGAUGCCUCGAAUUUAUAUGAGGCAGCAAGAAGAUCUAUUCACGUCUAUUUGGAAACGCACAAAGAGCUUCGCAAACAGUCGCCUCAUAAUUCUGCCUCUGAAACAAUUUCCGGUUCAAGUUCUCACCAAAAUGAAAGCUCAUUCUCAAUAACUUCGUUAAGCUCAUCGUCACCACUCUGGUUGGUGCAGGCCUUGACAUUAUCUGUCAUGUACGGCCUCUUUGCUGAUGAUAGCAACAGUUUAAAUGUUGUCAUUAGACAAGUAAAUGCCUUGUGCUCUUUGGUUAAGACCUCUGGCCUAAAUAAAGUCAAUUUCCAGUUAUCAGAUCCUGCUCAUUUAGAUGAGAUUUCCUACAAUAAUUUCAUCAGAUAUGAGUCGACUAUACGAACUGUUCAUACAAUCACACAUAUAACCAGUCUUCUUUCUGCAUUGUACAAUAUUUGCCCGGCAUUACGAACUGAUGAUCUUUUUAUUGAUAUGCCAUGUGCAUCAACUCUAUGGAACACGAAAACGCUUCAGGAUUUCAAUGGCAUAUUGAAGGAUUUUGACUUUCAAUCAGCUAAUUAUAAAGAUGUUCUUUCUCAACUUCUCUUGCAUGGUUCAAACGGCAAUGAGAAUACUGGUUUUCUUGAUGCGAGAAACUUUAUGUCAAAUUAUCAUGUGGGAGAUUAUGGACUCAUCUGUCUUCAAAAUGGUCUCCAACAGAUUUCUUAUUUCAAAACCUGGAGUGAUGGUUCAAGAAUAUUUAACGAACAUGAGGUCACUAGCAAACUUAAGUCAGUCUUUGCAAAUUGGAAUUUACUCAUUUCGCUCUUUCAUUUCAAUGGAAAUCCUGAAAUAUAUAACGAUAGCAUGAUUAUGAAUAGCUAUUUUUCCAUAAAGAUACUUGGAUUGGUUAAGUUGGAACAAGUCAAGCAGCAAGUAUGGUUGAGAGAUUUUCACAAGACUAACAUUUUGUUCUGUGAAAAUCUCACGUAUCCUAAGGGUGCAUUUGAUAACGGUGAGUUUUUCCAAGACGCAAUGCUUUCGGUAGAAAGUACAAUUCAGAUAUUCAAGAUAUUGUUCUUUCAAGGGAGUACACAUUUUUUUGAAUCAAUGAAUGUCGUACAAUGUGACACAUUUAAAACCGACAUCUCAUCUCUAGCAGAUAUAUGUGGACUGGGCCAUGAUAUUGAUCAGUUAAAUAUGAAUAUUGAAAGCAAGGUUUUAAUUGAUACUCAAAUUCUUUACGACGCCUUUUUAGCCCUUUGUAAGUUUGUCACCAAUUUUGAAAGUCACUUCAAACAAACUUUGCAAUUGCACAACCUGUUACCUUCAGAAUCGUUAAGUUACUGUGAUUUCUCAAUUCAAAAUAAUGGGGAAGGAGAUGACAAUAUAUUACAUUUACUUCCUGAACAGCGGGAAUUAAUGAUGUAUGGCUGGUACUUGAAAAUAUUCAAAGUAUAUCUAUGUCUUGAACAUUUUUUGAAGAUCAAUUAUGAUUAUCAAGACUUCGAAGGAGAAUUUCCUAGUCCAAUUAUACACAAAAUACUGGGAGAGAGAAAGGGACAUGAUAACAGCAGUCUUGUUAUAAAAGAAAUGAAACCAAUUAUCGGCGAAUUAAUUCAGUUCAGGCUCCCUUGUAAGCUUCUAAAGUUGGGAUCUUUCAUGUUUAAUUUUUUUUAUGAUAAAUAUUCCAAGUUCAUGAUUUUCAAGCAAUUAGGUGAAUCAUUGUUCCAUCUUCGAAUAUAUCUUGAAAAUCAAGAAAUAGUUUGA